CCUGUUCAUUCGUCAGAUCGACGGCUUUCGUACUACGGAGCUAGGAGGAAAUAUUGCCCACGUCAUCACGUUCAUCUGUAUUGACCGGUGUUAUUAACUAUAGUCGGGGAACCACGACUACCCUCCCGCUUCUCGACGUACCCCUCGUACAAGCGAUCAUAGCGGGCGAUCCCAGCAACGAUCCGGCCAGGCCCAACAUCUCCGGGACUACUUGAACUCAGAACGAAUGCGGAACCCUAAUAUGAACCACAACCGCAUGGUGGAGCUCUUGGAUGAGGAAAUGCGCGAGUAUCUCGCCAGCGAGGCACAGACCAGAGCAGCAGUGGACCAUCAGAUUCGACAGCUAGAAUCGCAUAUUUCUAGAAAUAACGACCGCGGAAUGGAUUCUCAAGAUACUCCACCCCAAGGUAGCAGGCCUACCAGACGUCGGGGUAGAGGGGCAAGGAGCAGGGAAACCGAAAACAAUACUCUACUCGACGAACCGAUACCUCACCUCGAGUCGCCCACUGUAGUUCCUCAGGAAUUAGAAAUUCAUCGUCAAUCGAACCGAAGGGUCAAGCGGAGAAAGCUGGAGUCUGACGAUGUCAGAGAAGGCACACGCGGUUUCUCUUACGGACAAUUCGGCCAGGUCGUGCCAGGAGCUCUCAGGAUGGAAAUAGCCAGCUGUGAUGGGGGAACCUACGAGCCUGAUGGCGAGAGCUCGUUUCCGGAUAAUAUCCUGCGGAACGAUUCGUCUGUCUAUUGCACCAAGUCGGAUCGCUGCAAUUUGCUCUUGAAGCACGUCGGAGGGGCGCCUUUCUGCUUGAAGAGGAUUGUCAUCAAAGCUCCAAAAACUGGUUAUGACUCUCCGAUACAAGAAGGAAUGGUCUUCGUCUCCAUGACAUCCGACGAUAUUUUGACCCGUACCGCUCAAGACCAAGUUCAUUACUCUGGUGCUCGACGGCGACGACGUAAUCGACGAAGCGGAUUAUCACGGUAUGCGCCUUUUUACCCAUUGCCAUACGAGGAGGAGCUAGAGAGGGCCAUGCGCGGGAGUCCGGAUUCCGAAGACUCGACACAAACCACGGUCGAUCCAGUGGCCGGCUUCAGGGUUACGACCAGUCAUAACGACAACGAUCGCGAUAUUCCAGAACAACUUAAUGAACAAGAAGACGAUGACGACUGCCCUACCAUCGAGGAGAUUGAAAGGCUGCGGAUUGGACAGCUGAUGGAAGACGACAUAGCCUGUACUGACAGCGACGACAGCGAAAGCGACUCUACAUCCGAUCUUAACGUUUCCACGUCUCAAUUUGACUCAUUUUACCGUCGACGACGCAGACUGUCGAACUUGCUGAGAAUCCCACGUCAGCAGCAACAACAACAGCAGCAGAGACAGCAUCAGACCACUAGUUUCGUUGAGCCGCCUAUGGAUUCCCAAACGAACGCCUUGCGAAGCAAUGGACUUUUACGGCCACAUGCGCAGUUCUUCAUUGAGCGUGCGCAGAGUAUGGUCAACAUCAAAUUUGAUCCUCCUCCGUCUGGUAGAUACAUCCUAAUCAAACUCUGGAGUCCCCAUAACGGAGGUAACAUCGACAUCCAAAGCGUCAUUGUGCAUGGCUUCGCGGGUCCUCGUUACUUCCCAGCCGGUGGUUUACGAUAGUCACGUCUCCCUCUUCACUCUCUCGCCCUCUCUGCCUCUUCCUCGCCGCCUCUUCCUCGCCGCCUCUUCUCUUCACAUUAUACGGAUAUCUUCACGAUACAGCUGGGUACAAGCUAUAACUUGUUCCAUACAUUCGCUGUCACUUUGCUUUACUUCAUGGGUUGUUUUAAAUGGGAUGGGUCGUUAUUAUUACUUAUGCAUACACCGGAUGGGCUCGGAUCGGUUCUGGUU